GUGGUGUCGCCAUUGGUGUGCUGUGCCAACUCAUACGAGGACACAAGUACCUACCACACCCACCCAACUAAGCUAAGGCUUUGGAAUUUGAGUUAAGUUACCUUCCUUCAACUAUAAUAUCCCAACCAACUUUGUCCUUCUUCCUCAACCUCUCUAGUCUCUACUACAUAUAUAUCAAUAUACAUAUAUAUUUUAUUUUUAACACUCCUUAAUAACUCACAACUUUCUCCCAUCACCCUUAGGAAAUUAAAAUGACAGAGGAGCAAUCCAAAAAGGAAACUGAGAGUACUCCUUCUCAUCCUGAACCUGAACCUGAACCUGAACCUGAACAUGUUGUUGAUGACUCUCUAAAGGAGGAUGUGGCUGAGGAGAAAUCUGUAAUUCCACAACCCUCUCAUCCGGAUAACAAGCCUGUUGAUGACUCCAAAGCUCUUGCCAUAGUUCAGACUAAGACUAAUGAAGUUGCUGAAGAGAAGCCAAUUGAGGAAUCUGUGAACCGAGAUGCGGUCCUUGCAAGAGUAGCAACCGAGAAGAGGCUGUCACUAAUCAAAGCAUGGGAAGAAAGUGAAAAGUCCAAAGCAGAGAACAAAGCUCACAAAAAGCUUUCAGCCAUUUCAGCAUGGGAGAAUAGUAAGAAAGCUGCUACGGAGGCUGAAUUGAGAAAGACUGAAGAACAACUGGAGAAGAAAAAGGCUGAAUAUGGAGAGAAAUUGAAAAACCAAAUAGCUACGAUCCACCGAGAAGCCGAAGAAAAGAGGGCAUUUAUUGAGGCCAAAAAAGGAGAAGAUUUCCUGAAGGCAGAGGAGACAGCUGCAAAGUACAGAGCAACUGGAACAGCCCCUAAGAAGCUCUUUGGUUGUUUCUAACUAGUCUCAUUAACAAUAACGUUGUAUUAUUAUUAUUAUUAUUUGUUACUAUUAGGUAUUUUCUUUGAUAGUUCAAGUCAGUACAGUGUGGUUUGGUUGUCUUUUAGUGUGUUGUAGUUCAUAUUCAUUUAUUAUGUCGUGUGCAGUGAUAUGUUGGUGUGUAUAUAUAACAAUUACUGGGUAUAAAAAUAAAUCGAAUUAUUCAAUUAGGGUAAUUCGAAUUUCUU